AAGACGCAAGAUGGCCGCUGUCUCCUGGAAGUAACGUCCCCCCCGCACCAUGAAGCCGUGAGCGAGGAAGAAGCGAGGGAGGACCGACGGGCUUUACCUUUUCUUUUCUUUUAGUUCUUUUUCUUUUCUUCCGUCGCAUCUCAUUCCGCGUCGCGUCCCUCGGACCCGGGUUCUGCCGCUGACGCGUCACCUCACGCCGGGGACCUGCCAGCAGCUAGCGGCUAGCAGCUAGCGUUAGCACCAGCAGCUAACCGUUAGCAUCCCGUCUCUCAGAUCCGAGCGGCUCCUGGUGAACGAUGGCAGCGGGAAACGUGUUGCUCUCUGCCCGCCUGUAGCCGCCCUGGCCCCGCUGACAUGUCCCCAGACCCCCGCUGACCGGUCCCCAGACCCCCGCAGGGGCGGACAGUAACCCGAGCGGCUGCCACUAGACUCCGCGUGGAUCCUGUCCUCUGUGUCCUGGAGGAACCGGAGCUCGGGGACUCGUCUCACUCGCAGUUCCCCGGCUCGCUAGUCCCUGCACCGGAGAGCAGUUAGCUGCUAGCUGCUGGCUCGCCCCCCCCCCCACUGACCGAACCCUCACCAGCACCACGGCGUACCGGACGAGCUCCGAGCCCGGCCACACGCACCGGCUAAACACCUCCGUCAUGGGGGUGCAGGGCUUCCAGGAGUACCUGGAGAAGCGGUGUCCCGGGGCCGCGGUCCCGGUGGACCUCCUGAAGCUCGCCCGGUCCGCGGCCCGCCAGCCCCCCCCUCACCACCACCACCACCCGCACCACCACCCGCACCACCCCGGGCCCAUGCCUCCCCCGCCCCCGCCGGCCCGGAUCCUGGUGGACGCGGACUCCGGCCUGCAGCGCCUGUACGGCGGCUACCAGACGGACUGGGUGUGCGGCGGCGAGUGGAACGCCAUGCUGGGCUACCUGGCCGCCCUGUCGCAGGCCUGCCUGUACCAGGGCGGCCUGGAGCUGGUGGUGGUCUUCAACGGGACCCUGGGGAAGGAGCGCUGGCCCGAGUGGGCGCGGCGGGCCCAGGGCCAGCGGCAGACGGCCCAGCUGAUCGUGAACCACGUCGGCAGCAAGGCCACCCCGCCGCCCCGGGCCUGGUUCCUGCCCCCGGCCUGCCUCAGCCACUGCGUCCGGCUCGCCAUGUUCCGCUUCCGAGUGCGGGUUGUACAGACUUUGGAGGACCACCACCAGGAGGUGCUGUCUCUCUACAGAGACUAUGCAUUUGCUGGUCUGAUAGCUCAGGAUUCUGAGUUUGCACUCUGCAACGUUCCUGCCUACUUCUCCUCGCACGCACUCAAACUGAGCUGGAACGGCAAAAACCUGACCACACACCAGUACCUGCUGUCGGAGGCGGCCCGGCAGCUGGGGCUGAAGACACAGCACCUGCCCUGCUUCGCUGCUCUGCUGGGAAAUCAUAUUCUGCCCGAUGAGGACCUGGCUGCCUUCCACUGGAGUCUGCUGGGACCGGAGCACCCACUAGCUUCUCUCAAGGUGCGAGCUCAUCAGCUGGUGCUGCCGCCCUGUGAGGUGGUGAUCAAGGCCGUCUCUGAGUACGUUUCCUCCAUCAAGGACCUGGGAAACCUCAACGCCAUCGCCAGAGAUGUCUUCAAACAGUCCCAGUCUCGUAUGGAGGACAAGGUGGAGCGAUUUAAGAAAGCUGUGGAGUAUUUCUCAGCUGCCUCCAAACCACGUUCACCCAGUAUGGGGCCCUCUGCUUUCAUCUUACCUGGGUUUGGACCCGCGCCUUUUGGGGGACCACCUGGCCACAUGGGACCGAUGCCGCCUGGAAAGAAUCAGUUCCCUCCUCCCCAGGUUCCAGGAUUCAAACCACCCUAUCAAAAUGCUCCAUAUGGACCUGGCCCUACCCCCCUGUUCCAGAACCCGCCUCCACCGUCUCAUGACUGCAACGACUCGUUGACGGGCAAGAUGGGAUUCUCUGACUGGUCAGCUCCGUAUGAUUCCACUCAGGUGGGAAGUCGAUUACCCAAUCAUCACACGGGCAAUCAGUCUGGGCCGUCUCCGUCGCCUUCCUCCUCUUCAGACGGAGAUGAGCCCAACGACAGCAACGCAAACCAUGUGACAGACAAGCCCUCACGCUGGGAGGAUUCUGCGGGAAGGGGGGGCUCGGCCUCUAGGGAUGCUUCUCAAGGCAACGGGAGCGGAUCAAACAUUCCCUCACUUCUGUCUAUGGCGACGCGGAGUCACAUGGACAUAACCACACCCCCUCUGCCUCAGGUCAGUGCUGAGGUUCUUCGUGUCGCCGAACACAGACACAGAAGAGGACUGAUGUAUCCACAGAUUUACCACAUAUUGACCAAGGGAGAGAUGAAGAUGCCAGUGUGUAUAGAAGACGAGUGUAACUCUGAGCUGCCUCCUGCCUCGCUGCUAUUCCGUGCUGCCAGACAGUAUGCCUACGGCGUCCUCUUCAGUCUGGCCGAAACACACCGCCGCCUGGAGAGGCUUGCAAUCCGAAAGAGGGCUCCUCUGGAAGUUCCUCCUGUGAUUGUCAAAGAGUGGAGUAGUGGGAAGGCUAAGUCUGCCCUGACUCCAGAGCUGGUCCCGGCCCUUUGUUUCCGGGAGUGGACCUGCCCCAACCUGCGCCGGCUGUGGUUGGGUCGGGCCAGUGAGGACCGCUCCAGGAGAACUCGGGCCUUCCUGGCCUGCCUUCGCUCCGACUGCCCGGCGCUGCUCAACCCGGCACAGGUUCCACAGCAUCUGCUGCUCAUGUGCUGCGUGCUCAGGUAUUUAAUGCAGUGGCCAGGAGGAAGGAUCCUGCAGAGACAUGAGCUUGAUGCCUUCCUGGCCCAGGCCGUCUCCAGCCAGCUCUAUGAACCCGACCAGCUCCAGGAGCUGAAGGUGGAGAAGGUGGAUGCCCGCGGUGUGCAGCUGGCUGCUCUCUUCAUGGCCGGCGUUGACACGGCGCUCUUCAUCAAUGACGUGUGUGGCCAACCGUUGCCGUGGGAACACUGUUGUCCCUGGGGCUUCUUUGAUGGAAAGCUUUUUCAGAGCAAACUGGCCCGGGCCUCCCGCGAUCGGGCCGCCCUGCUGGACAUGUGCGAGGGGCAGGAGGAGCUGGUGUCCAAGGUGGAGAAGAUGCGUCAGGCGAUCCUCGAGGGCAUCAACCUGUCCCGUCCCCCCCCUCCUCCCCCUCCUCUCCCGCCCCCUGCCUUCCUUCCCCCUGCUAUGGUCCCCCCAUUCUACCCCAUGCCUCCUCUCUACCCGCCUCGCCACAUGGGUGGAAUGCCUCCACAUCAUCACCCACAUCACCCGGCCCAGCACAGACCCAGAGCCUUCCCAGGUAUUCAGUCCAUCCCCCCUCAGGGUGGAAAGCUGGAGAUCGCUGGGAUGGUGGUGGGCCAGUGGGCCGGGAACAAACCAGUCCGUGGGAGAGGAGGCUUCAACAUGCAGGUGGUUUCAGUCGGAGCAGGGAGAGGGAGAGGUAAAGAGAUCCCAGCUAAACUAAGGGGAGGGAAAAAGGCACCUGCCAACAGAACCCAGAUGUCAUCGUCCCCCCCCGCCAGCAGCCCCCCAAAGCCAUCAGAGGAGGCGGGCUCCACGUCAGAGGUCGCAAUACAGCAGCUGAACGGCAGCUCAGCGGCCUCCGCCAUUGGCCAAUCCUUGGAGCUGGCCCAGCCAAUCCCUUGUGCCUUAGCCAGCAGAGACAACCAAUCAGAGGGGGUGGAAGUGGAGGCCCCCUGUUGCCUUGACGACUGCCCGUCAGACGGAGCACUACAGAAGGAGGAGUGAUGGCAUCCUUCUUGGGAUGUGCAGCUCUGAAAGAGUUAUCUGUGCUUGACUGCCUUUCCCUGUUUUUGUAGCCCCGCCUCCUAACUGCACAUGAUCACAUGAAGCAGGAGGUGAAACGAGGCUCCUCCUCCUUCUCCCUGCUGCUGCAUGUGAUUGGCUGAAGCAGUUAGCCGUUACUCCCUUUUUAGUUUUCUCAUGUGGUUUUACAAUGUUUUAUGAAGAGGUUUUCUCUGAGUCUGUAAGCGCCCCCCCCCCUCAGAAAAUCCUAAAUGCCUCCUUCUCGCACUCAGAGUAAAAUAAGCUUGAAGCCCCGCCCCUAAUACGACCUGCCAUCUUAAACAAGCCCCCCCCUCUUAAGUAUGGAUAUCAGUACAGUUUUAAGUUUCUUAUUUUUGCUUUUUUCAAUGGUACCAUUUUGUGAAUCACUGCACACAGAUGUUACGUUUGUGGUUACUGUGACAGAUUGGAUGUGGUUGCUAUGGUUACAGGUGCUUUGCCUGGUCGCCAUGGUUGGUAUUUGUGUGUUGAUUGGGUCUGUUGCCGUCUGGUGUGAGGUGUCAGUGACGUUCUGCUGUGCAGUGACCCUUGUUCCCCCGCUACUCUGCAGGCUAGCCUCAUUGCUACCCACAGUGUUAGCAUACAAGCUAACAGAAAAGCCCAUUUUAUAGUUUGAUUGGUUAUCUAUCACUGGAGCACUUCUGCACCACCAUGGUAUUAGCGUGCUAUUUUACUUUGACCUAUGUAGCAUAGCCUAGUUCUUAGCUGUGCUAAGAGACCCUGGAGUUUAUGCACCUUAAGCCCUUAAGUAUGCAAGAUUAUACCCUGCUCCAAAAAAAGUGCAUUAUUAAAUUAUCUUCCCAUGCCCUUGUCCCUUUAUCCCAAAGCUUUGAUUGUAUUAUCCCAACAGAAGCACUUAAUGUUGUAUUUAAAUAUAAUGAAAUUGAACCAGCCCCUGUACAGUUGAAUUGACAGUCUGUGGGGGGUGUCCCCUGCGCCUAAGUAAAUCAUUAUGACAUAUAGAACUACGCUUAAAGGAAGAGAUCUAUGUGAGAGACGUCAGAAUGUGAAGAGUGGUUUCAGACAAAGAGGCACUUUGUUUUACAACCACACUGGAUAGUUCUGUACCAGGUGAUAACGAAAUGAAACAACUAUGAGGCACCUUCUUGAAUUAAGGCCAAAAAGAAAAGAAUAAUGCUGCCCAGCAAAAGAUGGAAUAAUGAGGGCUUGGCCCAUUGCCGCCAGUUCCCUUCAGGCUGGUCUUACACAUUCAAUCAAGAACUUUGCAACAAGGCUGAAAAGCCCCUGGUUGCCAUGUAGAGGAUUCCCAGGAAAUCAUUUCACAUUUCUACAAAGUUAUUUCCAAAGUGUAUUUUAAAGGCUCGCCGACUGAGGCAGCCACGGAUAUAUAUUUAAACGGGGUGUGGCAUCAAAAGCCUCAAAGAUCCCUCCACCCUUGGCUGGUGAUUAAUUGAGCAACUGUUGUCACGACAACCCAACACCACGAGCUGUAGCUCUGGUGCGUCACUUUAUACCGACAGGAAGCACUUCUCUGCCCUGAAGCGCCCCGGCUUCACGGUUUGAUCACAUGACCGGGGACAGGAAGUGAGUGUGCCGCUCACAAUCUGAGACUCACAACAUACUGAACUGUUUGAUCAGAGCACUUAUGUUUGUUGUGAAUGAGAUGUGUCCCCACAUUAGGUUUCAACUGAUAAUGAAAAACAAGUUAUGAACUUCUUACCGAUGAUUGGUAGCACAACUGCUAAUGUAAAAGCAGUAGACGGACAAAUCUUGCCUGAGAGAUGCCGGCCAUGAACAUGCGAUCUCUUUAAACAUACUAAGAUGUUGAAAUGAGCUCAUUAGAAGAAGACAAGUCACCAAGAAGCACCUUAUUUCCUUACUAUGUGGAUGACUUGCUGCUCUAUCAUGUGCCACAGAAUUGAACUGGAAAAGGCUCUUAGGAAGGAAAAGACAAACCCAGACGAUAUCUGUGUAGUUGUGUCAGACGUCCCCUCUGUAACACAAUACAGUGAAACGCUGACUGUUGACCCGGCCAUGAGUGUAGGCCUACGCUCAUCACCACAGGACUGAUCUGCAGCCGUCUCUUACACCAACACCAAAUCAGAAGUUCAGACACGUUAGCCAUUACUGUGAGAAAUGUGAGCAGACGAGUGCUGUAGGUGUUCGUAGGUUAAGAGUCGGUCUUAAAGCACGACAGUAAAACACACCACGAAUAGGCUAGAAGUAUAGCUCAGCUGGCCGAAAUGUUAUGUCUAGAUUCACUAGGAGUCAUUUACCUAACUGCUUUCAACUUUUGACAUUAGUACAAAUAUGUGUAUCGCAACAGUACAUUGUUAGAAGAGGCUUUUCCCCGUGGCGAGCCGGAGUGUGAUCCCGUAUACGAAGCCCUCUCACGAUUCACUCGCCAGAUGACAGAACACACACAGGUAUUCAGUUGCAUUGGUUACCUGAAGCUUUCUCUCUGCUUUUGUGCUGAUGUGAUUUUGUGCAGUUUAUCAGAGAUCAUCUGGUAACACAUUCAACUGACUCAACAUCACACACACACACACACACACAACAGAUAAACAACAACGUAACAGUGUCGUCACUUGGACACGGAAAUGAUCAGCUACAUAAACACACACACACUCGUUAAACCCCGAGUGACCUAGUAGCUAGCUCGGAGAAAAAAAGUCAACACAACACAUAAUGUAGUUUCUCUCUGUUGUCCUCGUCUGUUUUAGUUCAAUAGAUAAUUGAGUUUUGUUUAUCACCCCCCCCCUUCCACUUCCCCUCCCUCCUUUCCACUUCCUCUAAAACUGUUAAUUCACUUCUUAUCUCUGCUUAUCACACACACACACACACAGCAUAUCCAUUGAUUCUCAUUAAACGCAGAUAUCGUACACACAGGUUAGCCCCUCCCUCUUUCUUUCACCUGUACCCUCCUUCACUCUCAUCCCCCUCCCUCUCUCUCCUUUAGCACCAUCCCCAUUGGCCGUUUUUUAAUAUAGUCUCUUUUCUCUUUGGGCUGCCCCGCCCCGUAAUCAACCCGACUAACAGUAAGGUUAUAUUAACGUUGAUAAUCAGUUUCUGUGUGUAUCUAGCCAGAGUCUGGGAAAAAAAUCUGAAAAAAAUCAAAACUGUUUUAUUCAAUUGUGCAAAUGUGUUUUCUUACUAUUUUUAAUGUUAUUACAUCUUCUAAUCCUUCUACCAUUGCUUCAGUUAGUACUGAAAUAUGCUUAGCCAACCUAGAGAUUUGAACUGUAACGAUUGCGAUUUUCCUUACCUGUAUUUUAUAUGGCAUCUUUAGACCACUUCACCAUUUAUUCUGUACGUAAGUAAAUAUUGCCCGUUUUUGCAUUGUCUGCACUGUUUGAUUCUCAAAAUUUCCCCGAUUUCGUGGUCGACUCGGUCGAAGCUGAACUCUGCGCCCUUGCACAAAGCAGUGAAACAUCUCUUGUAAACACCUGAGAACCAAACCAAAGUGCACCCCCCCCAUAGUACCCCACCCUCACACUGACAGCCCUCCCCAGUUACAAGUUUUCUGAUCAGUAUGAUUAUAUAUAUAUAUAUGAAAUGACAUUACAGCACGUGUGAUCUUACAGGUGUGUGACAGUGUGUUGACACUGUGGUUGCUGUGGAGACACAGACAGGAGGAAGGAGCGGAGUGUGUUUGUGGAGGAUGAGCGACCGAGUGCACGUUCAGUCAGUGAGUUUGUUGUUGGUGGUUUCAUUGACUGAACUUCUCCUGGUGAACCGCUGCACGAGCUCAGAUCUUCACUGACACACAGGACCAACCAACAUGCUUCAGUCAUGCUGGGUUUAACGCCCUGGUGUUUUCUACAUGUUGAAAGUUGUGCCCUCUCAAACUUGUCUUUGAUGGAUGGAGCACAGUUACAGAGCCUCUUCAUAUUGUUGCUGGAUGUGGAGGCUGCUGAAUUUUCCUCACAAAUCAAACCUAAGACUGGCUGGCCUCAUAAACAUGAAUCAAUAUUGAUAGUGAAUAGUGAAUAAAUUAUUUGAAUAUGAAUCCAGCAGCAAUGAAUAGUCAAGAAAUUUAAAAAUAUAACAACUUUUUAUUUUCAUUUUCAGAAGGUGCAUAAAUGACCGUAGGUAACCGGACUUGCUUGUUUCUCAAAGGUGUUUAGUCAAAGAAGCUUCUUCAGUUCUGACUAACGGGAGCUUCCAGGUGUUUGACCUCCGAGUGUGUAACCCUCUUUCAAACCAUCGCUCUUCUCUUGGCAAAAUAAAAACAUUACCUCAGAAGAGUGAACUGCUUAGUCCUGGCCUGAGGACCUGGUUGUCCUGUGCCAUCGGUUUCUGUCCUGGUGGAUUCCUGGAUGUGUAGGUCUGAGCAAUCCCCAUUGUGUUGGAUUGUAUGAACCACAUUGGGCUGUUUGUGUCGGGGUGAACACUUUAGUGAGUUGCUAGACAUGAACCUGUACAGAGGUUAAAUACCUGAAACCUCCCAUUAGUCAGUUAGACCUCUUGGAUGAGAAGUAUAAAGUCUUUCCAUUUCCCUCCACUUGUAAAUCUUGAGGAGACGAUGAGCUGGAUGCUUCAUGUUCAUUCAUCUAGUUGAGCUGAUCCUUAUGUGAAGGUUUUUGACCAAACUUUGAAUUUCAAGAUGUCAAUGGUCAAAAUGUGUAAAUUGCGAUGGAGAUUGUUGACCAUUAUUGCAACCAUAGGCCGAAUAGAGAGAAUAAUGUUUGGGAAAAUUAUUAAUUCAUGUUAACUACUGUCCCAAGUUGAUCCAUCUCAGCUGAAGUGACUCGAGGAAAAUUCAGUGUUAGAGACAAAGAGUCUUGUCUGGAUCAAUGUGAAGAGCACAGAACCAAGUGAUGUAGAAGUUGAACAUCUAUCAGAAACCAGUCGCCUGUUUUCUGCCUGUUCUGGUCUUGUCACAUCAAUUUGUCCGGUUUGAUUAAAAGUCUUUAUUCUGUCUGUCUCUCUACACUGCCCCCCCCCACCCCCCCACCCCGCGGAGACAGAGGCCGGAGUUGAUUCUGUCACGUUAGUCAACAUGUGAACCAGUGCAUGUACUUCAGCACCCAGGUCCCUCUAAACCUACCUGUGCAGAGAAAAGGUUCAAAUUUAUCCAUAAUAUUGUUAUAGAAAUAUUAUCAUUAUUGCCGUUAUAAUUAUUUGGUAUAAUUUGUCAUUGUUAGCAUUAUGGAAGCACCAGACUGUUUGUGGAAAGACGAGAAAAAGAAAGCAUUUAGUUUCUCUUUAUUUUUUUUGAUUUGUCCGGCUGUUGUUGGUCUGCUCUCACAGAGGGAGGGAGGAAAGGUGCAGAAAGAGAAAGAUGGCAGUCAUGUUUGUACUGGUUGGGAAAUGACUUACAGUGCUGAAAUAAAAUUUAUUCUUUUAGUAAAAAAAAGUA